AUGGCGGCUCCCUGCACAGACGCCGAUGUGCGGCGAGCCCUGGGCACCGUGGCCGUGCGCUGCUCGGACGCAACGCUGCUGUCACGGCUGGCACAGGCGGCGCAGCAGCACACCCUCACCGCCAAGGCACUCGCGACACGCUACUCAACAUUCACUAUGAACAGGCAAGCUGCGCGGGCGCGGCAGCUGGGGCUGGGGCUCCAGGCCGGGGGCCAUGCGCAUGGCUCACGCCAGCGAGCAGAAUAUACAGGCCGUCCUGACGACGAGCGGCUGGUCAACAAAGUGACCCCGGCGCUGGUGGAGGCGUUCUUGGCGCAGCUGCAGCGCGACGCCAGCAGCAGCGCACGCGUGGCUGCAGCGCAGCCGCGUGGCGGCGGCGCCGGCGGCCAAUGGGGGACUCGGUCCUGGGAAGAGCUGGCGGACACAAUGGUUCCAGGGGUCAAGUCGGACCAGAAGCAGCCGCCCUCGACGCCGCAGCAGCGUGCCGGCGCCGGUGCAGGAGGCGCCUCCCCGCUCACACCGCAGUCCGCGCCGCGGUCGGCCUUCAAAGAGCGCGCCAACAGCGGGCAGGUGGUGUCGGUGUUCAACGAGCACGUGCCUGCCGCCCAAGCGCCCCACCUGGUGCCUCUGCGGCCCGAGCCUCUGGGGCGGCAGCUGCCGGGAAGGUACACGUUUAUGAUGGAGCGCCCGGAGGACAAGGUCGCAGCGUUGGACGCGCGCAUAUGCGAGGGGCGGCGGCGGCUGGCAGAGGCGCUGGGACCGGACUUUGGCGAGGCGGCGCCCGUGGGCCAGCCUGUGCAGGAGGACAGCUGGUUCGUUGGCCGCGUCGUUUCGGACACUGACGGCGGCGCCCCCAGCGCCGCCUCUCUCAUGCUGGAGGGCGACGUCGCGACCAGCGGCGGCGCGCGCGCGGCUCUCGACCUGUCCCUGGUGCAGGCGGCCCGCCUGUUCCCCGGCCAGAUCGCCGCCGUCCGCGGCUUCAACCCCACCGGUGGCCGCAUCGUUGCGCGGCGGGUCGUGACGCAUGCGCCACCACCGCCGGCGGCGUCAGCGUCGGCGUCGGCGGGGCAGCGGGGGCGGCAGGGCGCGGCGAUGGACGUGGACGGCGGCGCGGGCGUUGCGGUCGCGGUGGCGGCGGGGCCGUUCACGACGGCCGACGACCCGACCGGCUUUGCGCCGCUGGACGCGCUGCUCGCGGCGCUCGCCGCGCGGCCGGCGCCGCCGGCGCUGCUGGUGCUGCUGGGGCCGUUUGUGGACGUCGAGCAGCCGGCGGUCGUGGGCGGCUCCCUGGACGUGACUUUCCAGUCGUUGUUCACGCACCAGGUCCUCGCCCGCGUCGCCGCGUGGCAGGAGCGCCUACCCGCCCCCUGCCAGGCCGCGCUGCUGCCGUCCCUGCGCGACGCACACGCCAUGCCAACCUUCCCCCAGCCGCCGCUGGCCGUGCCGGCGCACCUGGAGGAUAUGGAGUGCCUGCAGAACCCUGCGCUGUUCGACGCGGGCGGCCUCAUGGUGGUGGGCGCGACGAGCCAGGACGUGCUGCGCCACAUGGCGGGCGCGGAGCUGCAGCGGGGGCCGCACGCGGACCGGCUGGCGGCGCUCGCCAGCCAUCUGCUGGGCCAGCGGAGCUUCUAUCCCCUGUUCCCAGCCGCCCCCGGCGCGUGCCUCGACACGACCGCCGACGCGGCGUUGGCCAUUGAGGUCCUGCCAGACCUGCUCCUCCUGCCCUCAGACCUCGCCCCCUUUGCAAAGGCCGUGCCAGCAGACGGCCCCUACCCCGAGUGCUCCGCCGGCCCCGCCACCGCCGCCGGCGGCGAGGGCCAGCAGGGCGGCAGGCAGCAGCAGGGGCGCAGCGUGCUGGCGGUCAACCCCGGACGGCUGGUCAAGGGAAACGGCGGCGGCACGUACGCGGUGCUCACGGUGCCGCAGGGCGCCGCGGCGGCGGCGGGCGGGCUGGCGGCGAGCUGCAGGGUGGAGAUCACUCGGAUUUAG